CUAGGAUCAGAUGUUGAAAGAAUUGCUAGCAUGAGGGAAGUUACUGGAAACUGCAUAGUGGUAUACCAGAGGUACCUUCUUGAUUUAUUGACUCGAUAUAAAAUGCUGGAUAUGGUUGCUUUUGUUGACCCUUCAAUGAUCGGUGCAAUCCGGUACGGGGAUGGUCAUGCCCAGUCCCAGCAUAUCAAGGAUAGGCUUUUAACGGCAAAACCAAACCAGAUUUUCUUGCUGCCUUAUAACGCAGAUAAUCAUUGGAUGCUUACUGUUGUGAAUCCGGAGGAAAACACUGUCUAUUUCAUGGAUCCGUUGAAGAGGCGGUUACCCACUGGAGAAUGGAGAUCAAUUGUUGAUACUGCCAUUGCUAUGUAUAAUGCACACAAAGGCAAGAAAGGCAGGAGUUCAGUUUUGUGGAAGAAUUUAGCGGGUAUUCCUCCCCAACCUAGCUCUACGGAGUGUGGCUACUUCGUGAUGAGAUACAUGCGAGAUAUAAUUGAAGAUAAGGAUCUAUCGUUUGUUCGUAAGUGGGAGAGGAGAAGCAACUACAUGUAUAGCCAAGAGGACAUUGAUGUAAUCCGGAAUGAGUGGGCAAAAUUUGUCGUCAAGUCAUAUAUGUAGGAGCCAUCAAGUAAUUGGUUGAAGGAGAUCGAGGGCAGUUUGUUCAGUUAUAUAUAUAUGCUGAUACAUAUAUUCACAUGCAGCAUAUGUGCAUGUUUUUGGAACUUACAUGUUGUAUCAG